AUGACCAAGCUACCAGCUCACGGCGAAUUAUUCCAAAAAAUUGGAGAAGCUGCCUUCGAGGUUCUCAAGGAGAAAGAAAAAAGCGUCAGGGAUAAAUUCAACUCCAUGGUCGUGACCGGGAAAGCCAUCUAUAACGCUAGUAGACAAUCGCUAAAUACUACAUUAACAAUUGCCAAAUUACCUUUCCGAUUCGCAUCAAAAUUGUUCGGAAAAGGCACCAAAAAUUCAGAAGAGCCUACGAGCGAGAAACCAGGAGAGACUUCAAACGAGAUCCCGAUCGAGCAACCAGUGAAGCUUACAAACGGGGUGCCUAUAAACCCAUCAGAGAAACCCAUAGACGAAGUGUCGACCAAGGAGCCGGAGAAGCCUACGAAUGAAAUUUCGGUCAAACAGCCAGAGAAGCUUAUAAACGAGGUGCCAGGUAAUCAGCCAGAGAAAACCACGAACGAAGUAUCGGUCAAAUUACCAGAAAAUCCCACAAAUAAACUGCCGGCCAAGCUUCCAAAGAAGCCCAUAACGGAGGUUCCGUCCAAACAAUCGAAGAAGCCCAUAAACGAAGGGCCGCCCAAACGGCCAGAGAAGCCCACAAAGGAGCUUCCGGCCAAGCAGCUAGAGAAGGUUACAAACAGAGGGCCGACCAAAAAGCCAGAGAAGCCCACAAACAAAGAGCCGGCCAAAAACCCAGAGAAGCCCACAAACGAGGUACCAAGGAAACAACCAAAGAAGCCGGCAAAUAAUGUGCCGGCCGAGAAGCCAGAGAGGCCAAAGAAGGAAACUCCUGCCAAGCAACAAGAAAAGCUCCCAAACGCAGUUCCGAUCAAGCAGGCGGAGAAGCCCACUAACAAGGUGCCGGCCAACCAGUCGGAGAAGCUUGCAAACGAGAAUCUGACCAAACACCCAUUGAAGCCAUCGAACGAGAUUCCGGCCAGGCAGCCAGAAAAGCUUACAAACAAGAUUCUGGCGAAACGACCAGCGAAGCCUACAAAGGAGCUGCCAGUUAAGCAGCUAGAAAACGCGACAAACGAAUUACCGGCCAAGCAGUUAGCGAAGCCUGUACAUGUCAGCCACGAGGUUCCGGCUGAGGAGCCAGAGAAGCCUACAAACGAGGUUCCGACCAAGGAACCAGAGAAACCUACAAAUGAGGUUCCGACCGAGAAACCGGAGAAGCUUACAAAUGAGGUUCCGACCAAGGAAUCACAGAAGUCUACAAAUAAGGUUCCGGCCGCGAAACCGGAGAAGCCUACAAAUGAGGUUCCGCCAGAGGAACCGGAGAGGCCUACAAACGAGGUUCCGGCCAAGGAACCAGUGAAACCUACACAUAAGGUUCCGGCCGCAAAACCGGAGAAGCCUACAAAUGAGGUUUCGCCUGAGGAACCGGAGAGGCCAACAAACGAGGUUCCGGCAGAGGAACCCGCAGUCGCCAAUACUAGUUGGGAAAUUGCCGAUCUUAUUGAUGGAGAAUUCAUAACGGACGAAUCUGAUGCUGACUUGCUGUAUUUACUUUUUUCAAAAUUUACGCAACAACAGUAG